AUUGUCUUUGUCACUGCAUUUGGGAAGAGACUACACAUAUAUUUGGACUGCUUUUUGUUUGGACUAAGACACAAAAAAACCCGAGGAAGCAUGGUAUCUGCCGGGCUACAGAUGUUGGGCACGGCCCUGGCCAUCAUUGGCUGGAUCAUGACCAUCGUGAUUUGCGCCCUGCCCAUGUGGAAGGUCACAGCUUUCAUUGGGAACAACAUUGUGACGGCGCAGAUCUCCUGGGAAGGCAUCUGGAUGGCCUGCGUGGUGCAAAGCACCGGGCAGAUGCAGUGCAAGGUCUAUGACUCUAUGCUGGCUCUCAGCUCGGACCUACAGGCCGCCCGCGCACUCUGCGUCAUUUCCAUUUUGGUUGGUGUCAUCGGGAUCCUCCUGGCCAUCGCCGGUGGCAAGUGCACCAACUGUGUGGAAGACGAGAGCUCCAAAGCAAAGGUGGGCAUCGCGGCCGGCGUGGCCUUCAUCGUCUCUGGUCUCCUGUGUCUGAUUCCCGUCUGCUGGACGGCCAACACCAUUAUCAGGGACUUCUACAACCCCUUAGUACCUAGUGCACAGAAAUAUGAGAUCGGAGCUUCUCUGUACAUCGGCUGGGCCGCCGCUGCUCUGUUGCUCAUCGGGGGAGGCUUGCUCUGCUGCAACUGUCCACCCAAAGACAACUACACUGCAAAGUAUUCAGCACCCAAAUCAUCAGGAUCCAAAGGCUACGUGUGAUCCUUUCAAAAGAAGCUUCAACUCUGGACUUGAUCUUCAUGAUGUUGCUGUAUUUUGGCCAGCUGAUAUAGAUGGUGCAUAUUUCAUUGUCUUUGUAUUAUUAGCUGCUCACCAAAGUCAUGACAGUACAACGAUUUACCAUUACAAGCUGUAGCAGAACAAGCAAUGUCAUGACAAACAGCACUGUCUGUCAAAGUUGGGUGUUGCCCUUUUGGGAUUUUUUUGUUUGUUGGAUUGUUUUUGUUGUUUUUUUUUUAAUAACCAAGAGCUUUAAUAUACUGUUGUGCUCUGAUUUAGAUUCGAUAUCAUUUUAUAUUUGACCUGUAUUAUAUAAUACACAUGUAUAGCAUUUAAAUUCUACAUUUUAUGGUUUACAUGUUUUACAUUUCAGUUACUUUCUAUAUCUUAAGAGCUGAUGCUAUGGUGCAUUCUAUGUGUUUUUCUUUUUUUCCACUGUUACAAAACAUUUAAAAUAACUCCAAAUAAACUUUUUUUUUAUUAAAAAAAAAGAA